CGAAACACGGAAACAUCCCGCGGACCGCGGCUGCGGCCGGCGCCACCCGUCCCACGCGGCAGCUCCUCCGCAUAACCACACCACACACUUGACUUCAACUUCUUCAACGUCCUCAUCAUUGCAUUCACUCGCAAUAUUAGAGACGUUCAUCAACCGCGACAGAGCUAGCCGAUCUCCAGUAUUGCAUUAUUGCAAUGGCCGCAGCCCCGGACGGUCGGUCCUUAUCCCGGAAAUCGACGUCCUUCAGCCUCCACAGCCCGAGCCUCAACUCCCUCCGCCUCCGCCGCAUCUUCGACCUCUUCGACCGCAACGGCGACGGCCUGAUCACCAUCGACGAGAUCAGCCAGGCCCUCUGCCGCCUCGGCCUCGACGCCGCCCCCUCCGAGCUCGAGUCCGCCAUCCGGUCCCACAUCCCCCCGGGCUCUGCCGGCCUCCGCUUCGACGACUUCGAAGCCCUGCACCGGGAGCUCGACAGGGACUUCUUCGGCGGAGGCGAGAGUGAGUUGGAGCCAGUCGACGCGGCGGUGCAGGAGCAAACGGACCUGCACGAGGCAUUCAACGUGUUUGAUGAGAACGGGGACGGGUACAUCAGCGCGAAGGAGCUACAGGCGGUGCUCAAGAAGUUGGGAAUGGUGGAAGGACAGGAGUUGGCACGGGUCGAGCAGAUGAUCGGAUCCGUUGACCGGAACCGAGAUGGGCGCGUCGACUUUGCCGAGUUUAAGGACAUGAUGCGCAAUGUCAUCAACAAGAGGACUUGAUUCGACAUUCCAAAUAUACAAAGAUUCAAUAUUUACAUAUUCGUUCCCAAGAAGUAUUGUGUUACGAUGCUAGCGGAUUUGCGUGGUGAGCUUUCUACGUCUUACUACACAAUACACAUAUAUAUGUACGCCUUUACUUUUAUGUUAGGACUAUCGUACUGGGAUAUGCAUCUUUCUUUUCCCUUUAUUAUUUUUCAUUGCAACCUGAUAUAAAGUGAAAGUCGCCAUAGUCCCAGAUAGACAUAAAUACGAACUUGUCGAAAAAACGCGACAGAAUUGCAUCAUCUGUCUCACAUCAUGAUAAAUGAUAAAUUAAGAUGACAUUAAACUU